AGAUUUUCUAUCCCUGUUAGAUAGAUCCGUCCAGCCUAUAAAUAGGUGGUGGAGUCAUUGUCGAGGAAUGUGCGGCAUAACUCAGAAGCCAUUUUGUGAUGAUAUCCCUUGUUGAGAAAGCCUGUGAGGAUGCUGAAACCAGCGAACAUGGUUUACAUUGCUGUCUGUUUCUCCCUCCGUCUCCUCUAUUUCCACCGUGGCAGCUGUCAACCGACGGGACAUUAGCAAAGCGGGGUGUCGAGUUGUGCUCACAGGGUUAAAACGCCACUGAGUAUGAAAGAGGAGAGUGUCUGUUUACUGUCUCUGUCGAGACAUGUAACACCGUGAGUCUUUUCCAGUCUGAAAUCUUCCAGCAUCUCUCACAAACCAGCCGUCUCCUUUGAGUGACCGUGUUAUAAUUCACUCUUGAUACCGAGGAGAAGGAUAACCAGAUCCGUCAUUUUUUUUUUACCUCUCUCUCUCCAAAUGGCUUCUGUGAGCCUUGUUUCCAGUCCCCCAGCCCCCGUUCUUGACAAAAACAUGACAGACUCUGAACUUGCAGGGGAUGAAAGGGAGGAUGGUGAGCUGGAAGAUGGAGAAAUAGAUGAUGAGGGCAUCGAGAUCGAAGAGGAGAACAAAGAGGCCGCUGAGGUGAAGGAUGACAACGAGAAAGAGAAGGAAAAAGAAAAAGAGAAAACUAAAGAGAAAGAAGAAAAAGGACGCAGACAUUCGAGGAAAAGAUACAAAAAGACGAGGGAGAAGAGGAGGUCCAAAAGGAGGAAACGUGAAAGACAAAGACAUCAUUCUCCCUCCAGCAGCUCCAGCUCCGACAGCUACGACUCAGACUAUGAAAGGCCCAAAAGCAGGAAGGGCCAAGGUUACAGCCGGGAGCCUGAGAACCAGUCCUCUCUACAUUCGAAGGGACUCCAUGGAAACUCGAAGAAGUCGUCUCCGCCAAAGAGCAGCGACUUUGAUAAAUACAGCGAUGACUACAGCGAUGACAAGUACGACUAUGAAGAGGAAGAGGAGGACUAUGAAGAUGACAUGUCAGAGUACCAGCAGUCUAAAGAUGGGAGUCAGGGAAGGGGACGCUACUCAAAGGAACAGAUGAGCAGAGGAAACUUGAGAGGCAUGAAGCAACAACAGUUCGGACAGAGAGGAAGGGGAAGAGGGAGUGGACCAGGAAGAGGGCGAGGGAUGCUGAUGAAGAACAAGAAGAUGAAGGGCAAACCGUGGGGUGGACGUGGACGGGGCCGAGGAGGAGACCUGGGAAUGGAAGACAUGGGACCUGAGGGAAAAAGCUCCUCUGGCUUUCAGAAGAAAUGGCCAAUCAUGAGCAAGGAGUUCAUCAGUCAGCAUACAGUUGAACAUAAUGGUAGAUACAUCUGCAAGUACUUCCUUGAGGGUCGCUGCAUCAAGGGGGAACAGUGCAAAUUUGAACAUGAGCUUGUGGUACCUGAUAAGAAAAAGGAGCUUUGCAAGUUUUACCUGCAAGGAUACUGCAGCAAAGGAGACCACUGCAUUUACAUGCAUAAUGAAUACCCCUGCAAGUUUUUUCACACAGGAGCCAAAUGUUACCAAGGGGAUAACUGCAAAUUCUCCCAUGAUGCUUUGAAUGAUGUGACGAAAGAGCUGCUUGAUAAGAUAAUAAACACAGAGGAGGAGAAUGCCAGAGAAGACGAGUUGGAGCUGGAGGAUCUUAGAAAGCAGGGUAUCGCACCACUACCAAAGCCCCCGCCUGGAGUGGGGUUGCUGCCCACCCCAGGGCAGAGCAGCCCCACAGACUGUGGCAAGAAGAUUCCCUCUCUGUUUGAAAUUAAAGUUCAUCCUACUGUUGAUUUGGCACAAAAAAUCGCUCUGAGUGGCUCCAGCUAUACCCAGAACCAGGGGGAUGGAGACGCUCAGUUUAGUGGAGGUUCAGAGGACAUGCAGGGUGGUGCUGCUGUGGCUUCAGGUCCUCCUCCUGCAGCCCCAGCUGAAUCAGCUGUUAUUGGCCCACCUAUGCCACAGAGUCCCCCAGGAAAGCAGCCGCAUCACGGAUUCCCAAUGCAACUACCACCCCCCACUGGUCCGCCCCCACCCUUCCAUGCAGCCGCUAUCAACCAGCAGAUAAACGUGCAGAAGCCUCCAUUUCCACCAGACCUGCAGCUGUUACAAAACAUGUUGUCCUUCUCAUCAUUUGGUCAGAACCCAUCAGACAGUUUUAGCAACCUCUUCCAAAACCAGGCAAUGGGUCAACAGGGAGUGGAACCUGGUCAGGCUUUCAUACAGAGCCUUCAGCAGCUUUUGGGUGCAGAGUCACAGUUACAGUCUUUGCCACCAGCGGUGCAGAAGGCCAUCUUGUUGCAUCUGACGCAGCAGCAGCAGGAGUCCCAGGGCAAGGAGCCACACAGAGCAGAUGGACAGUUGGAUAAGAGUGAAAACAGGGAUGAAACAACAAACUGGUACUCCAGCGACGAGGAGGACGGGGCCUCUUGUGUCUCCUCCAUCCUCAAAUCUUUAAAAAAGCAAAAUGAGAUGCAGCAGAGUCAAUCGAAGCUUCUCCACGCUGCUUCGGCGGCUCCAGCACUGGGAGAUCCCAGGCUCAUGAAAGAACGCGCACCAUCCAGCGACCCUCGGAUGAAGACGGACCCUAGACAGCGACUCCCAGAUCCCAGUAAAGAGUUGGACUCAGGCGCUGAAUCGAGGCUCCCCAGAGAUCCCAGGAAGGUGAGACCAACCGAUCUCGGUCGCCAGCAAGGUCAUCCGACUCCACAAAAGGCUCCGACCGGUGAGGAUGAUGUAGAAGGAGAGAGGGAGCUGAAGGAUAGAGCAGUUCUUAUCCCGCUGGAAGCCAGUCCUGGCCUGGUGCUGCGGGAUCCGCGCUGUCAGCUGAAACAGUUCAGUCACAUUCGGGUGGACAUUCUGCUGCAGCGACCUGCCUUUGCUCAUACGGUGGUGUGGGCACCUGAGGACCUCAUCCCUUCCCUUGUUCCCAAACAAGAGCACUCCAUCAACCUGCCGCUUCCACCACUGAUUGCAGACGCUCAGAUGAACCGAACGAACCUUCCGGACCAUUCCGUAGGUUCCAGCCCUACACCUUCUGACCCCAGACUAGUAGCAGCCCGUUUGAAAGAACGGUUGGGUCGAAUCGCCACUGGAUCCACGGAGUCCCGAUCCUCUACAGAGAGACCCAUAGAUCCACGGCAGCAGAAAUCUCUGGACCCCAGACUCAAGCGUAAAGGAAGUCUAGACUCCAAAGUGCUGGGCCAGAAGGAUCACUCCUCUGCGGGAGGACUGGUGGACCCUAGGCUCCAGAAGGCCAGUAGUAACUCCUCUCCCCAAGCUGCCCAAGGCAAGCCGGAAACUGAGCGGCUGCCACCGUAUGCCCCGCGGUUGGCAUCCUCCGACGGAGGGCUGGAGAGUCCCACCACAAUCCUUGGGGGGAUCCGCUUGUACGAUCCCCGCUCCCAAACAGAGCCGACACAGAAGGAGCCGGUCGAACCUCCUAACAAACCUGGGAUUUUGAAACAACCGUCCAAAACGGAGAUCUCCAUGGCAACAUCUCUCUCGCCUACUCAGCGCAGCGGCUCGUUUGAAGAGGUAAAGAGCACAGAGGUCACCUCAAAUCAAACCCCUCCUACUUCUCCCAGCGAGCCUCCUCCCGUCUCACCUGUCAAACCCCCCGCAGUCCAUAAUCUCCCCAUCCCGGCGCUGGCCGGGCUGAUCCGGCCUCAGUACACCGACCCCAGGCACGCUAAACAAGGAGGACAGGGCACUGCAGGAGCACAGGAAGAGACGGAGAUCAGCAGGGAGCAGGAGGGGGAGGUAGAGGAGGAGGAUCACAAUGAAAAGGAGGAGGUUCUAGAAGAAGAAGCAGAGCAGAAAGAUCCAGACGAGACGGAUGACAGAACGCUAAAGGAUGUUUUCAAGACUUUUGAUCCCACUGCGUCUCCGUUCUGUCAGUAGAUUCUUCAGUGCUGAGAUGAAAACAAAUUCUACGUUUUUUUUAAUUGUUAGAACAUUGCCACAUAUUUUUCUUUAGUAAUACAUGGCUCUAUUUAUUUCUGUAUAUAUUCAUGUUUGGGUUAUUACUUAUCAAAAAAUAAGAGUGUGGAAUGUUGAGGAUUUUCAAUGUGCAAAUAUUUCCUUCUGGCAGACCACGUUAAUUAUAAGACACAUUUUCACCGUAUUUAUUCCUUUCCACUGGGAGCUUAUUGUAUGUCCUUUAUUUCAUAUUUACCUUUUUUACCCCUUUUUUUUAACAGAGAGGAGCUUUUUAAUUUCUCAACGACUUAUAAUAAUCAAAGAGAAUCUUCUCAUCACAUUAAUCAUAUAAAAAUGGGAUUUAUUUUUCCAGGUGUUACACUUUAUAAACUAUUAAACGGUUAAGCCUUUUGCUGUAAUGUUUUACUUCAUCAUCUUAGCAGAAAAUGAUAUAGUUUCUUUUUCUUUGCCCUGAUGGGGCAUUAUGUUCUCAGUUUGAUUUACCAGGCCUUGCAGAUGUGUUUGUAUGUUUUGAAUGUUUUGAAAUACUACAAACUUCCUUGUAUUUUAUUUAAAUUUUAUGUUGUUUCCCACAGGAAAACUUUCCUACAGAUAAAAAAAAAAAAUGGUAAGGUCUGUGUUUGUAUCCAUUGCAGAACCACCAGACAAGGCUUUUCCAACCCUGUGAUCUGAAACGCAGAUUUCAUAUUCCAGAUUUUAGAUUUUUCCCUUCACAUCUAAAUCUAGCAACAUAAUCCCACAAUCUUUAGCAGGAUGCUUCAUCUUGAGGAGGUUAUUCAGGUCUGAUUUUGUUCAGAGCUCGACAACAGUUUACUGUGGAUGAGAUGAAUGGCGGCUGUAGCUUCCAUUCAUCUUCCUCUGGGCUCUGAACAGCCUUAUUUUUCCUGCUGAAGAAAAGCUCCUCCAAUUUCCUCUAUGUUUCAUACUGAGCUGCAUUUUUAAGUUGGUUUCCACAAUUAUACACUACUUUGUAGGGCUGGGCAUUAUUUGCAUUUGUACCAUAAAAUUGCAGAAGCACUCAAAUUUGGUAAUGUUACAUUUAAGACUCUCUUCUAGCUUCUAGAUGUUUAAAGGGGGUUUGCUUCCAACAAAAAAUGAAAAACUUCCAACUGGCAUGCAGAUCUGUGCAUGUAAGCAAUUUUCUAAACAAAGGUUGCAGUAAAGUUCUGAAACAUUGCAGACUGGACAUGCAGGGUAAUGAAAAAAACUAAAACCCUGGAGUGAAACAUCUACAUCCAAAUAAAAUUGCACCUCAAUAUUGGUUUAAAUUAAUUGCAGUUUAGAUUUUUGGGAAAAUUGUCCAGUCCUGCCAUUUUUUGUGUUGGACCAUCACAUAAAAUCCUGUUACAGUGAAUUUUAGUUUCACUGAUUGUAGGUUCGCCGAGCAAAAAAAAUGAUGCUCCACUUUUCUAAUUCUGUUAAGGGCCAGAAGGCUGUUUAACUUCUCCUUCACUUUAGAGUUAUACGUUGCUUUGUGUUGGUCGAUAUAAUCCAAAUAAUACCAGAGGAAAACCUGAACACCUGUGGUUAUAUAUAUGGUUAUAAGGAAGGAACAUUUGCAGUAUUCGAAGGGAUACAGAUACUUUUGCAAACCAUGAUGCUGUGCCAUUUAAGAAAUAAACACAAUCUAUGGAGUAACAGCUAUUCUAGAUACUGAAAAUUAUACAUAAAAUAAAACAAAAUAAAAAUUUUGUGUGUAUAUUUUGUAAAGAAGAACAAUCUGAAAGGCAUUAAAAGUAAAUGUAUAUAUGUAAGAAAUGAAUCCUUUACUGCACUUUUCAUGUUUUUUUUUUUUUUGUAAAGCAUUGUAUAUGAGCUUUUAUGCGUAAAGUAUGAAUGUUGUAGUACAAAGCAUUUUUUUUUUCUGUAAUGUGUGGAACUUUCUGUUUCCUUGAGGAUAAUCUGUUACCUUUUUUUUAUUUCCUUCAUAUUUUCUAUUGUGAACAGGCAUUUUUUUUUCUUAUUUGUACAGAGCAUUUUACUCAGCGCUCCAUUGUAAGCUGACACCAGCUUCUCGGUUUUAACUACACAUGCCCAUUAUUUAAGUGCUUUUAUUUGGGAUAUAUUGAAUAAAGAAGUGAAGAAGAAACAUUUUCCCUUCACAGUCACAUA